AUAGCUUUACUUUUUGGCAAAUAUAUAUAUAUAUAUAUUUGAUCAAUUUUGUAGGAAAAUAUAUAUAUAUAAUUAUAUAGUAUGAUAUAGAAUUAUAUGCUAUACCAUAUUUAAUAAGUUUCGGCUGUUUCUGUUCAUAUUACCUCUUCUGAAGCCGUUUCGGCGAAGAUGGAGGAAGAAGGCGAUGCCAAGCCAAAGAAGGCGGGGCCUCGCCAGUGUUGCGUCUGUAACCAGAGAAGAGCUGCGCUUAAGAGACCCAAAACCCUUGAGCAGAUUUGCAGGGAGUGUUUCUAUCGAGUCUUUGAGGAGGAGAUUCAUCAAGUAAUUGUGGAAAACCAGCUGUUCAAGCCUGGUGAACGCAUUGCCAUUGGUGCUUCUGGUGGAAAAGAUUCCACGGUCCUCGCUUAUGUACUGUCAGAAUUAAAUAGGCGGAACAAUUAUGGUCUUGAUCUUUUUCUCUUAUCAGUUGAUGAGGGAAUUACUGGCUACAGAGAUGAUUCACUUGAAACUGUCAAAAGAAAUGAAAUACAGUAUGGACUGCCUCUUAAAGUUGUCUCCUACAAGGAUUUGUAUGGAUGGACAAUGGAUGAAAUGGUGAAGAUGAUCGGUCUAAAAAAUAAUUGUACAUUUUGUGGUGUUUUUCGCCGUCAGGCCCUUGAUCGAGGUGCUGCAUUGCUGAAAGUAGACAAGCUUGCCACCGGACACAAUGCAGAUGAUAUUGCUGAAACAGUUCUCCUAAAUAUCCUACGAGGUGAUAUUGCUAGAUUGAGUAGAUGUACUGCAAUAACCACGGGUGAAGAUGGACCAAUUCCAAGAUGCAAACCUUUCAAGUACACAUAUGAGAAAGAGAUUGUUAUGUAUGCAUAUUUCAAGAGGCUGGACUACUUCUCCACUGAAUGUAUUUAUUCUCCAAAUGCAUAUCGUGGUUUUGCUCGUGAGUUCAUCAAGGAUCUAGAACGAAUAAGACCAAGGGCCAUACUUGACAUAAUUAAAUCAGGAGAGGAUUUCAGGAUUUCCACUUCUACAAAAAUGCCAGAGCAGGGGACUUGUGAACGCUGUGGUUACAUUUCAAGCCAGAAAUGGUGUAAAGCCUGUGUUUUGCUUGAGGGAUUGAAUCGAGGUUUGCCAAAGCUAGGUAUUGGACGGAGUAGAGGACUUAACCAAGAGAAUAGCAAGGAUGUUAAAAAGGGCAAUGGAGCAAGAAGUAUUGAAAGCAAACAAUGUGGAAGUUUGGACUUCUGAGGUAGCGUUUUGGAUUUUUGACCGUGGACCAAAGGUUCUAUUUCGUUGUAUGUACUAAUAGAUUUUUAUAAAGUUGGACAGAGUCCAAACAUGGUAGACCAGAAUGUGCUCUAUCUCUCUCUGCUUUUUUUUUUUUUUUUUUUUCUUUUGGGUUUUGUUUUUCCACACGUGGGUUUUAUACCAAAAUUGUAUUUGAACUCUUCAUUAUGCCGCUGGCUGAUACACUGAGGGAAAAAUGGAUAACAAUUGGUGAAUAAAUAGUUUAUUUAUGCA